AUGUCUUCCAGACUAAUGAAUGUGUCUGGCAGAGAAACCACCAACUCUGUGAGCCACUUUAUCCUCACAGGCUUUUCCUCAAGCCCAAAAAUGCAGCUCCUCUACUUUGGGAUCUUCACAGCAACCUAUACCUUGACCUUGAUGGGGAAUGCAGCCAUUGCCUGUGCCGUGUGGUGGGACCGGCACCUUCACACUCCAAUGUACAUUUUCUUAGGGAAUUUCUCUCUCCUGGAAAUAUGCUAUGUCACCACGACCACCCCUAACAUGCUGGCCAACUUCCUCUCCACAAGCAAGUCCAUCUCUUUUGUGAGUUGUUUCACCCAGUUUUACUUCUUCUUCUCUUUUGGGUGUGAUGAGGGCUUCUUCCUUUGCAUCAUGGCCUUCGACAGGUACCUUGCCAUCUGCCGUCCUCUGCAUUACCCAUGUAUCAUGACUAAACAGCUGUACACUGGCCUCAUCAUCUUCGGAUGGUCAUGUGGGUUCAUCCUUUUCCUGACCCCAGUUGUUCUCAUUUCACAGUUGCCCUAUUGUGGCCCAAACACCAUCGACCAUUUUAUGUGUGAUCCUUUCCCACUGAUGAUGCUGUCCUGUUCUAAAGACACCACUACACAGUUCGUUUACUUUACUUUCAAUGCUGUUUUCAUGAUUGGCACAUUUCUCUUUAUCCUUUGUUCCUAUGCUCUGGUGAUUCUGGCUGUGCUACGAAUGCCCUCAGCUGCAAGCAAACACAAGGCUUUCUCCACUUGUACUUCUCAUCUGGCUAUUGUGUUCUUAUUUUUUGGCUCUGUUAUAGUGAUAUAUGUUAGUCCUGGAUCAGGACGCCCAGUGGAAAUGCAGAAAAUUGUGGCUUUGUUUUAUUCUGUGAUAACACCUCUCUGCAAUCCUCUAAUUUAUAGCCUCAGAAACAAGGAGAUGAAGACUGCCCUAAAGAAAGUCUUUGGGACUAAAAUACCUGUUCAUAAAACAAGUCAGAUGUCAUAG